AGACCAGAUUGGAGGUAAGGACUGCAGUGCACGCUCGGCUGUUGAGACGGUCGCCUCUCUCAGACAAGAAAUCCUUUAGUUCUCAAGUUGUGAAGAAUUGUAAGAAUCGUGCGCCAUGUAUUUUAAGUUGACGCUUUCUCUGCUAGCCGUACUAACGGCCACGGCACACGCCGGAAGCAUUUUAGAUUAUUUAAACCUGGAAGAAACAAAGAAACUGAUAGAAGUUCCAGAGCUUCGUGAUGACCAGCCAAACAGAAACUGUCUUUGCAAGGGGCCUGCGUGCGUCUGCUGUGUGGACUUCAACAUAACAGUCGUCGAUCUUGGAGGGCCAGGGUGUGUGCACAUGAAAUAUCUAUCUCCAGAUGAAGGAUUCUCCGUGAAGGUUUCAUAUGGAAAGAGUCUGCUGCAUAGCUCCAAAAUUCAAGGUUCAAACCCUGCUCCAAUCUGUCUAGAGGUUUUUGGAAAAUUCGCACAACUCUGCGCCAAGUUCAGUGACCUUGCCCCUACAUCUGAAGGUCUGCGAGGUUGCCUUGAAUUGGAGCCGAGACUUUUAGGAGAAGGACAAAUAGAUUUCCCUAUAGGAUGCUUCAAGUCCAAGGAAGGAGGGCAGAUGGAAAUGGAAGACCCUCCAGCAGAACCAGAAACAACCACCGAAGAAGAAGCAGAGGAUGACAGCAAUGGCAACGAUACUUCUCCAUUUGACGCAGAAUCAUUCUUACUUAAUAUUUACAAGACUGCUGAACAAGGAGUUGCCCUACUUGGAAGCCUUUUAGACAUACCGAUAAAAUCCAACGCGACAAAACCAACGCAAACAGAAACCACGAGCAAAACUCCAGAACCAGAAAAUACUCAAAGAAGAGCCAAACAGAUCAAACAUCCUAAUCAACUGUGAUAUUCAAUUCUGAAACGUAUUCCUAAUAUAUUUAAGUACAAAACAGCAUUUCUUAGAUUGUAAAUUUGCUUGCCAGAGUGAAAGAAUUUUCCAUUUUUAUGCUGAUUGAUCCUAUUUAUUGCUUUAAGUUUCUCAAAGAUAUAAUUAAUUUUAAUAAACUUAUUUUUGGUGAUAAAAUUGUAAUGUGCUUUUUAUCUGAUGUAGUUUCAAUCUUGAGAAAAAGGUGGCUGAACAUUCGUCUCCGUGAGAUACACACCAGAACGUCUGUAAAUAAAAAAAAUAUGUUUUCGUCACUAAUUA